GAUGAAUUAGGAGGAGGUAUUUUUUAAAAAAUAAUGGUUUAUUCUUUCCCAUUAGGGUAAAAUAGAGCAGUUUUAUGAUAUCAAUUUAAAAAAAGUUAUUAUUAUGUGAAUUUAAUAGGUAAUUGGUUCAGGCACAUAUGGAAGUGUUGUAAAAGCUACAUUGAAGGGUACAAAAAAUCAGAGGGCAGUAAAAGUAAUCCCAAAGAGCAAAGUGAAGAAUCCAGAUAGAUUCAAAAAAGAAAUAGAUAUAUUGAGAUAGCUUGAUCAUCCAAAUAUUAUUAAAUUAUAUGAAACUUUCGAAGAUUAAAGAAAUGUUUAUCUUGUUAUGGAGUACGACAUUUUUAUAUCUAUUAGAUUAUGUGAAGGAGGAGAAUUAUUCGAUAGAAUUAUGGAUAAAGGAUGCUUCAGUGAGUAUGAAGCAUAUGAAAUAUUUUUAUAAAUUAUGCAAGUAAUAAUUUUAUCAUUUGGAAAUUAGGCUUUGAAUUAUUGUCAUUCCAAUAGCAUUUGUCACAGAGAUCUAAAACCCGAAAACUUCUUAUUUUUAACCAAGGCUGAUGACUCACCGAUUAAAGUUAUAGAUUUCGGAUUGAGUACCUUAUUUGAAGAUCCUGUCACUUCAAAGCAAACUGGAUAAAAACUGACAAUGAAAACUAAGGCUGGAACCCCUUAUUACAUAUCCCCAGAAGUUUUAAAAGGGAGUUAUGAUGAAUUGUGUGACAUUUGGAGUGCAGGUGUCAUCCUUUAUAUCUUAUUAUCUGGAGUCCCACCUUUCUAUGGAGACUCAGAUCCUGAGAUUUUGGAUGCAGUACAAAAAGGAGAGUAUACAACUGACAUUCCAGAACUCAAAGCUGUAAGUGAAUCAGCCAAAGAUCUUAUUCGACAUAUGAUUACCCAACCUAGCAUGAGAUACAAGGCUUCAUAGGUUCUCAAACACAAAUGGAUGAUAGAGUCAAAUAAGCCGACUAAAUGUUAUAAUUUUAUGCUAUUAUCUUUAGAAUUAAAACUAAACUUUGCUUAAUUAAAGAAUUUUAAUGGAAGCAAUAAAUUGAAAAAAGUUGCGUUGACUUUUAUUGCAUCUCAAUUAAACGAAUAAGAAAUUACUGAUUUGGGCAAGUAAAUUUUAAUAGUAUUCUAAAACUAGAUUAUUUAAAUAAUUGGAUAAAAAUGGAGAUGGUGUAUUGACUAUUGAUGAACUGAGAGAAGGUUUAACUGGAGUAACUGAUUCUUAGUAGAAGGAUUUGGCUAAUAUUAUAAAGAGUAUUGAUACUGAUGGAAAUGGAACUAUCAAUUAUACUGGUAUCUUAUUUUGGCUAUGGAAUAGAAUUUUUGGCUGCCACAAUGGAAAAGUCAUUGUAUAUGAAGGAAGAAAAACUGUACCAAGCUUUUAAGAUGUUAGAUUUAGAUGGGAGUGGUAAAAUUGAUAAGUAAGAGCUCUAAACAGUUUUGGGAAGUAAUUAAACAUAAACUAUAAAUUAUAGAGAGUGAGAAAGUCAUAGAUGAAAAAUAUUGGGAUGACAUGAUUAGGGAAGCUGACAAAAAUGGAGAUGGAGAAGUAAAUAAGCAAAUUAUAUUAAUAGAUUGAUUAUAGUGAAUUUAUUGAAAUGAUGGAUAAGUUUAGUUUGAUAACUUGA